GAGAAAAAUUUCCGAGGUCUACAAUUCCCAUUCCUAUAACAAAUUACAUUAUUGCCACGCCAACAGGAUAAUCACCCACCCCAGAAUCAGAUCGCCGGGACAUUCCGGGCCUCCGCCGCCGGCCCCCCGACUCACCACAACGCCGCCGAUACCUCCCAGCAGACAGAUGGCCGCGGACAACCGCCCCACCGCCGCUGCGCCGUACCUACCGGCGGAGCUCAUCCCGGACAUCGCGCGGCACCUGACGACCCUCCAGGACUUCUUCGCCCUCCGCUCCACCUGCCGCUCCUACCGUGCCGUGCUGCCCCCCUCCCGCGCCGUCCUCGCCUCCCAGCCCCCGCACCUCCUCGUGCCCCACCACGCGUCCUCCCGGCGCUCACUCGCCCUCGUCCACCUCCCGCGCCGCCGCCUCCUGCGCUUCCGCGCGCCCACUCCCCCUCUUCCCAGCGCCGUCGUCGCCUCCGACGGCGCCCGCGUCGUCACCUUCGACUACUUUGCCCACGAGCUCUCCGUCACCCACCUCCUCUCCGGCGAGCGGGUCUUCGUCCCCGACACCCCCUUCCUGUUCUCCCGCGCAGUCCUCGCCGGGGACCUCGUCUUCCUCAUCGCCCCCGGGUGGGUCCGGUACUGCCGCCUCGGGGAUGGCCGAUGGCGGGAGGCAUGUUGCCGCCUCAGAAGCGGCGUUCGUGGCCUCUACAUGAUGGUCGGCAUGCUCGCUGCCAAUGGCGUCCUCUAUGCGCUCCUCAACACCUGCCAGCUCGCUAUCGCGGAGCUGAGGGACGAUAAGGUUGAGUUAAAGCUGCUUGGAGGGGAAGUCAGUGACCAUGUCAGAAAUGCUUGGAUGGAAAGCACGGAUUUCAUACUUGGGGAGUGUGCUGGUGAGCCCUUACUCAUCUUCAAGGGGUUGGUCAAGCCGCAGUAUAAGGUUUUCCGAUGGGAACCUGGGGAGCAAAGGUGGGUGAGGGCUAUGAGCCUGGGAAGGCGGACGCUUUUCGUAUCUGGAAAUGGCUUUGAUGCUUGGCUUGGUCCAGAUUCACCUGGAAUUCGUGGGGAUUGCAUAUAUGAAGCUCUGCCACAGGCUGCGGGUUGGAGUGAGUACUUGUUAGUUGACAACACUUGUGAACUCGUCACUAUUGACUACCAUGGUGCACCAGAGUUAGAUGCUGUAAGAAAGCAGGUUUGGGUGCUCCCAAGCUUAUAUUGAUGUUGGCCUACGCAAGAUCAAAUUCUGAGGUUGAAUGCAUCAACAUUAACUAAA